CCGGUACCAGUCGCCACUUAGAUAUUAAGAACAAAAAGAAAGUGCAAUUGGGAAUUUUGUUGUUGUUUUGAUCGGCGUAGAAUGUUGGUUAUUUUUAAGGGACAGUUAUAAUUUUCAAGCUAAAUUUUCUUUCCAAUACUAGUUCAUAUAGCCAACAAAUGAAGGGUGAUAUGUCAGCGGUUUCGGAACCGUUAUUUGCGUGUACGAAAUGCAAUAGUAGACACCCGUUCGAAGAAUUGAGUCAAGGCCAACAACUGUGCAAGGAAUGUCGUGGUAACUACCCUGUUGUCAAGUGUACAUAUUGCAGAGCUGAAUUUCAACAGGAAAACAAAAGCAAUACAAACACAAUUUGUCGGAAAUGCUCUGCAAAUGUGAAGACAUAUGGGACACCAAAGCCUUGUGAGUACUGCAAUGUAAUAGCGGCAUUCAUCGGCUCCAAGUGUCAGCGGUGUUCCAACUCUGAGAAGAAAUAUGGCACACCACAUGUGUGUGAACAAUGCAAACAAAAGUGUGCGUUUGAUCGAAGGGAUGAACGCAAGAAGGUUGAUGGAAAAAUUUUAUGCUGGCUUUGUACUUUAUCGUACAAAAGAGUUCUUCAAAAAGCCAAGAAAAGGAAGUUUGAUCUGAUGUCCAGUCACUCAUCCAGGAGCUCCUCCCAUGACAGCAAAGAGCUUAAUGAAGCAAAAGAACCAAGGUCAAAGGUCUCAGAUAAAGACAGAGAAAGGGCAUCCUCAUCUCAUGAGAGUAAGAAAAACAAGAAUGAGCAUUCCAGCAGUAGCUCAACACCCCCUGUGUCAGCACUUCACAAAAUUGUCUUUAAUGCUUCGUCUGAGACUAUGAAAAACGAACCUGGAAAUUCUGACCACGUAGUUGCUAUGACGCAGCUAAGAGAACAGGUGGCAGCCCUUAAAAAGCAAGUACUAGAGAAAGAUCGAUACGCUAUUGAAAAAGAUAAACAGAUUGCUGAGUUAAAGGCAUCAUCUAUGAAUGCGGAAAAGGAUUUGCGAAUGAGGAUAACCCAACUUCAGAAACACCAUUCUGGAACCAUUGAAGAAUUACAACUAAGAAACAGAACAUUGAAUAAGCAACUUCAAAAUUUCCAAGCCAAGAACAAGCAAUCAGUAAGCUAACCUGCCUCCCUGCCAGUGGAAUUAUAAAGCUAUCAACUAAAGAGAUUCGAAAACAUUGCAGCAAAUAACCAACUUAUCUUUUAAAUGAUGUUGUAGGCUUAUUAGUUAAUAAUAAUUGCAUAUAUAUCCCUCCUAUUGCAUAUUCUCAUCAGAUGAGGAGUAGGUGCAGCAGUGGCGCCAGAAAUUUGCAAACAAGGGGUCCGCCAUGUGCCGACAGAGAGGUCCGACAUGUGCCGACAAGGGGUCCGACAUGUGCCGACAGAGAGGUCCGAACCAAGGGGCUGACUAGAGCUCUGGUAGUGUUCACGGCAAGUUUUAUGGCUUAUUAUGGUCCAAAAUGUGCUUUUAGACCACAAUAUUAGGGAUUGGCAAUCAAAAUAACGUUAUUUGGAGAGGUAAAUUUUCUUUUUUAAAAUUUUCCAUCCGACAACCUAGUCAGGGGGGUCUGACAGGGUUAAAAUCCCCUUCCCCCGCUGGCGCCACCGCAGGGUGGGUGUGGGAGGAUAGGACGGUCUCAUCGGAGAAUGAGAUGGUCUCAGAAUGGAAAAGCCUCACAUCUCCAGUUUUGAAUUGGUUUUAAAUGGAUUUAGUUGGAUGUUGCUAUGCUACCUCAGAUUUCCUGAUUUGUUUUUAUGUUUAUGCAUGUUAACAGUGAUGACCAAAUAAUUAAUUUAAAUACAGGACAUCUUGGCAGAUAUUUGUUUACCCACAAACAUUUACCAGUUUAUAUAAAUUGUUAUGAUCAUGAUAUCAUCAUCAUCUUCAUCAUCAUAAUCAUUAUUAUCAUUGAUCUUAUUAGUUCUGUAUUAUAAAAGUUCAAUCUAAUGUGUAAAUUUUGAUUAUUAUUUUGAUUAUUAUUAUUAUUAUCAUCAUCAAUAAUAUUCAAUUAUUAGCUUGGAUUAUCUGUAGGUUAUUAUUAUUAUUAUUAUUAUUAUUAUUAUUAUUAUUAUGACAUCAUGCAAGGAACAACCAGUUUAUCAGUGUGCAUUUGUUGGAAAGUUAUGAUGCUUAACAUUCUUGUACUGUGAAAGUAAAUUUACAGCACUCAUUUCCAAAGAGACCGCUGCUUACAAAACUGAAAAUUUUAACUAAAUUAUGAACGAUUCGCCUAAAGGUGUUAAUACCAGUAGGCUUUAAAUGAUUUUUAAAUUCAAUGGCUGUAUUUGGAAAAUAUAUUUUAAUGGUUUUUGUAAUAAUAUAAUGAAAGAUUUUUCUGAAAAUUUCAAAAUUGUACAUUUUUUAUUCUGAGACAUUAAACAAAAUUUUAAAAUUUGACAAAAAUAUUUAAAGUGACCAAAGUGGUUGAUGGAACAGACAGUGAAUGACCAGUAAAUUGAUAUAAGUGCUUUUAAAAUUGGUAUUUACAAAAGAUUAGUGGAAUAAAAGUGAUCUUGAACCUUACUUAAAAAAAGGUGUAUUUAAAGACAUUAUCUGAUGGCUUGUUUAUGUUUGGUCAGAUAUGACUAUAUUUGUAGGAGCAAGAAUCUUGUACAACUGAACAGUGCUUUUUAUUUUCUAAGUUUUGUAUAUAUUUUGUUUAAUAUAUUCCCUGUAGAUGUUGGCAUAAAUAUAAUUUGAAAUUGGUCAAGUUUAUGUUGAUAGGUUUUGGGUGUUGUGCAGAUUGUUUAUUAAAGUUUUUUCAAUAUUUUUUAUUUGUAAAUUGUAUAUACUGUAUAAGUAUUAUUUGUUGUAUUAAUAUUAUGCAUUGUAGAUGUGUUAGUAUACUGUACUUACAAAUUGACCAUUUCAUUAAAAAAAAUGUGUAAGGAUAUCAUAGUAAAAAUCCCAGUUAAACUAAAAAAAAAAAUAGAUUUUAUGUUAUUUAUUAGCCAAUAAUAUACACUUUCAUAAAAUUGUCUCCAAAUUUGAUAUCGAUUGAAGCGGACUAGUAAAUGUAUAUUUGAUAACAACAUAUUUUGAACAUACAGGAAAAUUAUAUUAAGUUUGGUUAACACUAGUGUGCAUCAAAAAUACAGAAAAUGACUUCAAAUGAGCCAUGUGACUAUUUCAUCAAUACCUCAUUCUCCCGCUUGUGAAAAAGUAAAGCUGCAUUUUGAACUGCGCACAUGCCAGCUCUAGCAGUUUGAAAACACUAGCAGAGUGGUAACACCUGGUUUCCAUAGGAUCGCUACACAGUCACUACAGCUUUAUCACUGCAAUCCUUGCACUGUGUAGCUGUCCCCGAUGCAAUCGGCAACACUUUCUGAUUUAACUGACCAAUCAGGAGUCGGCAAUAGUGUGUAGCGAUUUUUAUGGAAACCAGACUUUACUGUAUUCUGCUAAUUUAAAAUGUUUCAUAUUGAAAAUCAACUGUGGUUACAGUGGUGUAACAUUGCCAAAGUUUACACUGGUGUAACGUCUACGUAACAUGUCUAAUUUGCUCUAGUGGGAACCAAACUUGCAUAUGAUUUUGAUUCAUACUGUUGUACUUGUAGUGACAGUCUUAGUGACAGUUAGUAAAACUUGCCAACAUAGUUUGAAUGUAUUAAAUAUAUUCAUAAAAACAGACCUUAUGGAAAUAAACUCCUGUUUGAAUAAACAUCAAGAUCUAUGGUGGAAUAGGCAAAUUUAUGUUCAGGAGAAGUUGUUUAUAAAAGGUGGAAAAGAGUGUCAGAAAAUAUGUGAUUUAAGCAAAAAAUAAAUCGUUUUAAAAAAUGUCAAAGAAUAAUAAUAAUAAUAAGGAAAAGUUGAGUAUAGAAACUUAUUGAUAAGCAGGAGUUGGUAUUGGUAUUUCCAUAUUUAAUGAUGGAAAAAGUAAACAAUUGGAAGAAGUUCAUGCUUGGUAGCAUUACAUGGUGGAUCCAGUUAUGGCAAGUGGAGUGGGCAAUCCAUAGAAGUGAAUUCAUGGGGUGGAUUCAGUUUAUUUGGAGGAUUUAAUGAUAGGUGGAUGCAAUUAUGGAAUAAGUUGAUGAUGGGGAGAAAUCAACAAAGGUACCUACACACUUGAUGGAGUGACAGUAAUAAUACUAGGCAGUUGAUAAUCAACAAAGGUACCUACACACUCGACGGAGUGACAGUAAUAAUACUAGGCAGUUGAUAAUCAACAAAGGUACCUACACACUUGAUGGAGUGACAGUAAUAAUACUAGGCAGUUGAUAAUCAUGUGGGAGGAACCAAUUUUAUCUUUUAAAAGUUUUAUUAACAUCAUUGCUAACAUAUAAUUACUGAUUAGAAUCUUAUUCUUAGUGAUUUUUAUUUUCCAGCUAUAGUCGAAAUUUAAAUCUUGUACUGUAUAUAACCAAAACUGACAGCCAUUUUAUCUCGCCUGGCCCCCAAUUAAUAAUGUAUAGUACAAGGCCAGUGUAAAGACUCCAUAGAAGCUUCAAUGAUUAAUUGUAUACAUAUUUGUAAGAUGUUUGGAACGCAUGUACUGAAUAAACUAACAAACUGUUGUAUAAUA